AUGGAGGCUCACCGACGGUCUAACAUCAGGGAUAUGAAUACUCGACUCAGGGAGGUUCAGGAACAGUUGGAGGCCGAGAUAAGGCGUGGGGAGGCAGUUACUCAAGCCUUGCGUGCUAGAAGGGAGCGUUCUAUCGAGGAGAUGAACUAUGAUCAACUCGGGAAGCUCAAAGGGUCUCUCGAGAUUGUGAAGGCCACAAUUGCCCAAAACAUGUCGGAGACUUCCAACCCGCUUGAUUUGUUUGCGGCUACUAACUCCUUUAAUAAUAAUGGCGGUGAAGUUAACUUGAUUGGGAGCUUCACUGUCAACCGUGCUCCUUCGCCACCUACUUUUAGUGGUCCAAAAUUCAAUGGCCCCUAA